AUGGCUGUAAAAGAGCUUCCAGAAUCUGUCCAGUGCUUAUUAUCUUCUUCCACAUACAUUAGCACAUAUAAAAGAGCUAUUGAAGAAUUGGUUUACAAUUCUUUGGAUGCUGGUUCUACUUCAAUUGCCAUAAGAGUCCACAUCGAGGAAAAUAAAUUACAGGUCAUUGACAAUGGACAAGGAAUUAUGGAAAGUGAUUUUAACUUACUUGGACAAAGAUACACUACAAGCAAAUGUGUCGACUUAAGUACAUUAAAAGCAGCUGCCAAUACUUAUGGUUAUCAAGGUCUAUCUUUAGCUAAUAUUGUCAAUAUUUCUCGAAAUGUUAAGAUAACCUCUAGAUGUGAAAAUAAUCAGAAUACAUGGUUGAAAAUAUUUCACAAAGGUAAAACAAAAGAGUUAACUAAAACAUCUGUAAGACCAUCAAGAGGAACUACAGUUGAAGUGAAAGGAUUUCUUUACAAUCUCCACAUUCAAAGUAAGUCAGUUCACACUUUGAAUGAACUGAAUGAAAUAAAAACAUUUAUGCAACAAUUUUCAUUGAUACAUUGUAAUGUGUCAUUGAGUUUGAGAGAUGAUGCAAAAAAUGAAAUAAUUUUCCAAGCUCAUAAGAACAGAGAUAUGUGUCAAUCCAUACAGUUAUUAUUCAAUAUUGAUCCUCAAGAUAUACAACAGUUUAGAGUUGAGAAAAAUCAGUACAAAGUAACAGCUUUUAUUGGAAAAAAAUAUGAAGAUGGACAUACUCAUUGGAUUUAUUUGAAUGGGAAGUUCCUUUCUAAUAGUACAUUACAUAAAAUAAUAAAUGACAAUUUGAAAAAAUCUUGGAAGACUUCAAAAAAUGUUAAAACAAAGAAAAUUGAAAAAAAUAAAGUUGAUGACACAAGAGAACAAGUUAGAAAAAUUGUAGAAAGACUUUUGAAAAAUAAUCCUAAAAUUGGAGUCUCCCAGAUGAACAAUGGUGUGAAAGGUAACAUUUUCAAGGCCACCAAACACUUUUUGUGGUUUCAGUUACGACAUAAUAAUCAUCUCAGCAGAAACUAUUUUAUAUACCGCUACACAAUUGAGUGA